AGGUGGCUGGUUGUCAUGUUCGAGGGAAACCGUUUAGAACGUUGCCUCAGAUACAUUGGAACAUUUUUACAUCAGCGCAACGGAUACAUUUUAACAUUUUCGCGGCAAUAUGUUGUAACAUUUUCGCGCCGUCAAGUUUCUUUCACGUUCAUAGCUCGGCGUCUGAAUAAAGGAAUUAUGUAGAAAGCGGUAAUAUUAAUUGGGUUCUAUGUGCUCCUGCCUUGCUUUGUGCACAAAUUAUGCGUUAUCAAUGGGUUAUUUAUGCUAUUUGAAUGAACGUUUUUGAUUCAGCUGUCUCGUAGUAAGCAGAACAGAUUUCGCAUUAUCCGUACAAUGAAAUAUAGACUUUCCUCGUGCAGUCUGACGCCAGUUUAGAAGCUUGGCUUUUGUUGACAGAUAAUUAUGGAGUCAGAGGCUGCCAGCUCACCGCAAGCUGUUGGUCAUAAGUGUUAUUAAUGUGGCCGGUCUGAAGUCGUCCAGGGAGGGUGCGAAAAGUUCAAGUUUAUGGCAAAAGGUUAGCCCGCCAGAGACGGUGUGAGGCGGCGCAGCUGAACAAAAUAAAUGAAUGCAGGGAGAAGGCUGUAAAGCGUUGUGGGAAAGGUGCAUUUGACAGUUGAAAAUGCAUGUUGCAAAAACAAACAGGAAGCAGAGUAUAGGUUUUCAAACUCCGAAAACAUUAUGAAGAAUCCAAGCCUUGGGACUAAAGGAUGCUUGCUCACCGGAUCUGCACUGCACUGCUGUGACCUGCUCAUGCCCCAUCCCGAGGUGCCAUGGCACGUAGAAUAUCCUCCCAGGGGAAGGUCACCAUCUCCGUGGAUGAGUACAGCUCCAACCCAACCCAGGCCUUCACCCACUACAACAUCAACCAAAGCCGCUUCCAGCCCCCUCACGUCCACAUGGUAGAGCCCCUUCCCUACGAUGCACCAAAGCCUGCGGGUCAUACACGUUUCGUCUGCGUCUCAGACACACACUCGAGGACAGAUGGAAUCCAGAUGCCUUUUGGCGAUGUGUUGCUUCACACGGGUGACUUCACUGAACUCGGCCUACCGUCUGAAGUGAAGAAGUUUAAUGACUGGUUAGGCAGUCUUCCCUACGAGUACAAAGUUGUCAUCGCUGGAAAUCACGAACUUACAUUCGAUAAAGAUUUUAUGGCGGAACUUGUAAAGCAGGAUUACUACCGUUUCCCCUCAGUUUCCAAGCUGAGGACUGAAGACUUUGACGAUGUUCAGUCCCUCCUUACAAACUGUGUGUACUUACAGGACUCUGAGGUCACCAUUAAAGGAUUCAGGAUAUACGGGACUCCGUGGACCCCGUGGUUUAAUGGAUGGGGCUUUAACUUACCUCGUGGCCAGUCUCUCCUCGAUAAGUGGAACCAGAUCCCUGAAGAUGUAGAUAUUCUUAUGACACAUGGGCCUCCUCUGGGGUUCAGAGAUUGGGUCCCAAAAGAACUUCAGAGAGUUGGCUGUGUGGAACUACUUAACACAGUACAAAAGAGGGUCCGACCCAAACUCCACUCAUGGGGAAUCCAUGAAGGGUAUGGUAUAAUGACAGAUGGCUAUACAACAUUUAUCAACUCCUCCACAUGUACAGUCAGCUUCCAGCCUACCAAUCCACCAAUCAUAUUUGAUCUCCCCAACCCAGGAAACUCCUGAGACUCAUUAAACCCCACCCCUUUUUCUAAAUAACUCUUCCUUACUUAAAAGUAAUAGUCUUUUUGUACUGCUUGUAUUUAAAAAUGCAUGGAAAUGAAAUAUUUUUUAAAGUCGGAUUGAAGCCGACACCAUUUGAAUGACUAUUGUAGGCUAAGAAUGAGUUGUGAAUUCAUAUUUGUAAUUUGUUUGCAUCAGUUGCCUUCUGUUUUUCCUUUUUUAUUGGUCAGGAUCUUUAAAAAGUGCAUUAUAAAGGUACUCCUAAAAGCGUCAGCAAUACUUGACCAUGUCUGAUUUAAUAUUAAAUGUGCUUUGUAAAUUUAAUAUAAAGUUAUUUAAAGUUAUGAACUCUUUGUGUGGUGCAUUCAAUUUUGGAUUUAAAUGAGUAAGCGCAUACUUCACCCCGUCAAAGGGUCCAAUGGGUCUGAUAUUUAUUACUCCAAUCAGACUUUGCUCUUUUCUCAUCAAGAAGACACAUCUUUAUCUACCAGGCCAUUAAACACUUUUUUCCUUUCAACAUAAAAUAGAGUGGCACAGUUUAUCAAAAGAUGGAAGCGAUUAUGUGUUGUGAAUUGAAUUUCGCAUUAUUGCUUUGCUGCUUUUGUCCUACAAUUACAGUUUAGAAGAGGCUGAAUGUGCAAAUUCUCCAGAUCAUAAAGAUACCUGGUCUGAUUUUGCAUUUGGCACAUAUUAAAACUUUCAAUAUAAUUGUGUCUGCCUCAGGAGAUAUACAGAGAUAAAUCUGGUACCUCUCUAUAAAGAUUCAAACACAAUUGUUUAUCCCAGAUUUGCAAUGUCUUCGUAUUCUAUUGGUUUCAAAACUGGAAAUGACAUUACAACACGAAGCCAUUUCAUUUCUCCUCAUCUCCAUUUUUAGUUGUUGUAAUAAUGUGCAUUGUAUUUUUCACUGUGGAUCUGCAAUCUUGUGAGCACAAAAAACAUUUUUCUGUAAUUUCUGCUAUUGUAAAUGCUUUCUUUAUAUGUUUUGUGACUUUUUUAUCCAUUGUGACAUUUAGCCAAGUUUAUAUGCAAAUAAAACUGCAAGAUUUUUAUCUGA